GUCGAAAAAACAACUGACUACCCUUCGGCUGAGUACUCCCUGGUGGAGGAUGUAGCCCUCCACUUCACGUGUUUGAUGGACAGACUGAACGAGCAGCGCCUCUUUCAGCCGGACCUGUGCGACGUGGACAUCGUGCUGGUGCAGCACAAGAGCAUCUUCCCGGCGCACAAGGGGGUCCUGGCAGCCUACAGCCAGUUCUUCCACUCCCUCUUCACCCAAAACAAGCAACUGCAGCGCGUGGAGCUCUCUCUGGAGGCCCUCACCUCACAGGGUCUCCAGCAGAUCCUCAACUUCAUCUACACCUCCAAGCUCCUCGUCAACUCCUGCAAUGUGCAGGACGUGCUGAACGCGGCCGCCGUGCUGCAGAUGAACAACAUCGCUUCCUCCUGCCAGGACCUUCUUGACACCCGCUCGCUUAGCCUGGCUACUGACAUGGCCCUGCCUGCUGAGGGCUGUGCUGGACCCCCACCCUACUACUGCGAGAUCAAGCAGGAGGUGGAUGCCCCCCAUCCCAAAAUCUAUGCCCGGGAGGGCAACGACCCCUAUUCAGUGCGUGUGGAGGAUGGAACAGGUGGUGGGACGCUCCCUGCUGGUCCAGCCAAGCAGUACUACAAGGAGGAGAAGGAUGGUGGUCCUGCUGCUGUCUGUAAGAUGGAGGGUGAGGAGUCUGAGGAGGACCUGGACAGCCAAGGCUCAUAUAACCGGGAGCAGAUCAUUGUGGAGGUGAACCUCAACAACCAGACCCUCAAUGUUUCCAAAGGCAUGGAGGGGAAGGCAGCUGCCAGUGAGGCGGCCGUGAUGGGGCGGCCAGAAGGUGAUGGUCGAGACACAGAGGAGGAUGGGGAGGAGGAGAAUGAGGAAGGGGAAGAGGAGGAGGAAGAGGAGGAGGAUGCAGAGGUGGGCGAGGAGGAGGAGGAGGAGCACAGUGAGGAGGAAGACCUGGAGGAGACGACAGAAGAAGAGGAAGAUGAUGACGAUGAUGAAGAUGCGUCAGAGACGAAAAGGGAGAAGGGUGGGCAGCCCCGCAGGGGCAGCCGUGCAUCCAAAGCCACCAAACCUACCAUGGCAACCAGGUCGCAGGAGAUGGCCAAGGUGGAAGAGGAGGAGGAGGAGGAAGAAGAAGGCCAGCGAGGGAGGAAGAGGAAAAAGGAACAGGAUGGUUUGGGCCAGAAGGUGAAGCUGGAGGAGAAGCAGCACUACCCAUGCAAGAAGUGUCCCCGGAUCUUCAACAACCGCUGGUACCUGGAGAAGCACAUGAACGUCACGCACAGCCGCAUGCAGAUCUGCGACAAGUGUGGCAAACGCUUCCUGCUGGAGAGUGAACUGCUGCUGCACCACCAGACUGACUGCGAGAAGAACAUCCAGUGUGUGACAUGUGGGAAGGGGUUCAAGAAGCUCUGGUCUCUUCACGAGCACAACAAGAUUGUCCAUGGCUAUGCUGAGAAGAAGUUCUCCUGCGAGAUCUGUGAGAAGAAAUUCUACACCAUGGCCCAUGUGCGCAAACACAUGGUUGCACACACCAAGGACAUGCCGUUCACCUGUGAGACCUGCGGGAAGUCCUUCAAGCGCAGCAUGUCCCUCAAGGUCCACUCGCUCCAGCACUCUGGGGAAAAGCCUUUUAAAUGCGAGAACUGCAACGAGCGCUUCCAGUACAAGUACCAGCUGCGCUCCCACAUGAGCAUCCACAUCGGCCACAAGCAGUUCAUGUGCCAGUGGUGUGGCAAAGACUUCAACAUGAAGCAGUAUUUUGAUGAGCACAUGAAGACACACACAGGUGAGAAGCCCUAUAUCUGCGAGAUCUGCGGGAAGAGCUUCACCAGCCGCCCCAACAUGAAGCGGCACCGCCGGACCCACACGGGCGAGAAGCCGUACCCCUGCGACGUCUGCGGCCAGCGCUUCCGCUUCUCCAACAUGCUCAAAGCCCACAAGGAGAAAUGUUUCCGCGUCAGCAACCCCUUGGCUUCGGACACAGCUGUCCCCCAUCCUCUUCCACAGACCCUUCCUCCUCCUCCUCACCUACCACCACCCCCUCCCCUGUUUCCCGCGGGGAGGAUAAAUUCGAACAACAACUAG